AUGGUCCUCCCAUCAAGUGACGGGCCAAAGGAGGUGCCUAUACCAGACACAACUACUGAAACAAAAACUCAAGAUGAAGGCAUCCACGUCAUCAUCAUCGGCGCCGGCCUAGCAGGUCUAGCAGCAGCCCUCUCCACCAAGCUCGCCAACCCUCUCCACCAAGUAACCAUCCUCGAAGCCGUCAAAGAGCUCCAAGAAGUCGGCGCCGGCCUCCAAGUAACCCCAAACGGCACCCGCCUCCUCUCCCACUGGGGCCUCACCCCCAUCCUCGCCCCCCUCGCCGCAGUGCCCACCACCCUCUCCGUCCACCGCUACGACGGGACAAAGCUCCUCGCCCACGAGCCAAACCUCCAAGAGCGGAUGCUGGAACGGUAUGGGUUCCCUUUUUGGGAUUUACAUCGGGUUGAUCUGCAGAGGGAGAUGGUGAAGAAGUGCUCAGAGCUUGGUAUCACCAUCAGGCUUAACUCCAGGGUCACGUCGGUUGAUUUCGAGACGAACACAGUCCAUCUCGGGCUAGUCCAGAACCCGGCCAGGAACACGCUCUCAGGGGAUGUGAUCCUCCUAACCGACGGCCUCUGGUCGUCAAUUCGACCAUUAUUUCUAGGCCAACCCUCCCCAGCAAUCCUGACAGGCGAUCUAGCCUACCGCAUCACCCUCCACGCCUCCCACCUGACCGGUCCCGACGCCGACCUCCUCCGAAAACUCAUCACAAACCCCGCAGUGCACUUCUGGAUCGGCCCCCACAGCCACUGCGUGGGGUACUCGGUCUCCUCCUCCCAGACCUACAAUCUCGUCUUCCUCUGCCCAGACGACAUGCCCUCCCACGUCGCCAGAUCCGACGCCUCCCUCCGGGAAUUCAGGUCCAAGUUCUCCGGCUGGGACCCCCUCCUCCAGAAACUCAUCUCCCAGAUCCAGUCCGUCCAAAAGUGGAAGCUGAUGUGGCUCGACCCCCUCCCCAACUGGACCAACCCCCAAGGGACCUUCUUUCUGGCGGGCGACUGCUGCCACCCCAUGCUCCCCUACCUAGCCCAAGGCGCCAACUCCUCCCUCGAGGACGGCGCCGUCUUCGGGCACCUCCUCUCCAAGGUCCGAAAAUCAACCUCUUCCUCCCAGCUCCCUAAGAUGGGCAGGCUCUACGAACACCUCCGCAUGGAACGCGGCCGGCGCAUCCAGCUCGAAACCUUCAACCAAAGAAAAGACUCGCACCUCCCCGACGGCCCGGCCCAGCAAGCCAGAGACGAGCUCAUGACCAGCCAGCUAAACGACGACGAUGUCCGCCCAGGUUUCCCAUCCAGAUGGACAGACCCCGAGAUCCAGGCCUUCUUGUAUGGGUAUGAUGCUUACGAAGAGGCGGAAAGGGCCUACCAGGAGAGCCCUUAUUGA